AUGGAAUGCAAGGUAAAACUUCUUCGAAGACCUUUACCUCCAAAAUUCCCUAAGUUGCCUUCAUUUAAGACAUCUUAUAAAGCCAAGACUAAGCAUGCUCAAGAUGAAAUUGUGAACUUUGAAAAACAGCCUAUAUUUGUUGAAACUGGUAUAGACAAACCACUAUACCAUACCAGUAUCCAAAAUAUCUUAUAUGGUCAUCGUGUGUCAGAAGAAAUAACUUAUAUUUCAUUACCCCAAAAGAGCUUUAAAAGAGUCCGUUGGUAUAUUCCAGAGAGAGAAAUAGCCCAGAGACAGGCUCCGAUAUUUUUUCCAGCUUAUCCUGCAACUUUAACUAAAAACAUAAGGAAAAGAAAAAACCACAAGAAAAUAACAGAAAUAGAAGUACCAUCAGAACUUAAACGUAAUUUGGUAGUUAAAACUCUAAGAAUCAGGCAGAAGAUCCCUUCAUUUGUCCUCAAACCUACAAAUUUUAUUCCCCAUUUUAAUGUUUCCCAUAGCUCUAUUGAUAUCCCUACAAAUUACUUGACAAAAAUUAAGGCCUUUAAACUUAGAUACCAGCAGGAAACAGAUGAAAAUGAAAGAUCAUGGCCUUCGCAUUUUCAACGAAGUCAAGCGAUCUCCUUAAAGAUUAAUAAUUUUUCGGAACAAGUUUUCCUACCAAAACUACGAUUACCAAGAAGACCUUUAAGACAGGCUUACUUAGAAUCUUUUUUAGAUCAAGAAAAAACAAUAGAACAUGUUCCCAAACCACCCGGGGUUAUUGUCUCAAAAUCAUCCAAGAUCAUCCGAAGUAGAGAUUUCCUUAAAGAGACAAGAAAUGUGGAUGAUUCAAUGCCACAUGCUGUAUAUGGUGAAGGUUUUAAGAUAUAUAAGACUAUUGCAGCAACACAAUAUGAAACAGUAAUAGCUAUGGUCAACCUAGCCAUACUUAAUUGUCAAUUAUUUGCAAGAAAUGCACUUAAUCUUAAGGGUUUUUUUAUUAUAAAUUGUCCAGACUUAACACCUUUGGCUCACCAAUUGAUAUAUAUUAACUUAUCAUAUAAUGAUCUCUCCAACUUUCCCACAGAAGUACUUUGUGUUAAAAAUUUACAAGUGCUGAUCCUGAGGAAUAAUCCUAUCAAAGAAAUACCCUCUGCAAUCCAACAACUUAAGUUCCUUAGAAAUUUAAACAUGGCCUUUAAUUUGCUUACAUCUCUCCCAGCUGGGUUGUUUAACUUGUCUCAUCUCAAAAAACUUGAUAUUGCCUACAAUAAUGUUACUAUUAUUCCAAAUGAUAUUCAGAAACUCAGAUCACUUGAAAAAUUCUCUAUUGAUGGGAAUGAACUAGUAACGUUUCCAGCUGCAAUUUUAAGACUUAAUCUGAAAAAACUCUCUUUUGAAAAUAAUUUCACUUAUUUCCACUUUUGGAAACACACUAUUCCUACUAUUUUUAAGCCACCGCCUCUUACCCAACUUGCUGCUUUGGUUUUUUUGAAAAAUAAGCUACAGCGAUGUUAUGAAGAUAUUCCAGCUGAAAUUGCAAAGCAUUUAAGAUGGACAUCCACGUGUGAUUGGUGUUUUGGUCCCAAGGUUGGGGAAGGUUUCACAACGAUCAAAACCUGCGAUAUUUUUGGAGGAAAAUAUCUUCCAAUUUUAUUUUGUGUCUGUUCUCCUACCUGCUUUAAAGACCUAAAGAAAGGCAAUUUAGAUUUAUAUCAUUCAGUCUUGCUUAAAGAUUGGUCCAAAGUUUGGGGCCAUAGUGAUAGUAUGGCAGGCCUGAUCUCAUGCAUAAGAGCAGGAAGUGUGGUACGCAGACUGGACAUGGCUCUGCCUCAGCUGCUCUUAUGCCACCAAAGAUGUGAUGCUAUGGGUUCCAUCCCUGAGCUGCUCAUAUUAACCAGGCAUGAACCUGGCAGCCCUGCUAUCUGUGAUUUCCAGCUCUACAAACAAUUUCUCAGUCACAUCACAACCAUGCGGAUGAAGAGAGCAACCAACGGGAUGCAUCUUCUGGAGAGCGCCACAGUAAGAAACCAAGGUAAUCCAUACCUCUUUGACGUUGUGGAGGAUCUCAUCAUCACAGUCCUCACUAUCACUGCUGCCCAGAAGACUAUAGCAGUAUACUCUGGGAAGCUGUAA